CAGAUGUCAACGUCAGUUAAAAAAAGUAGAUUUGGAACAGUGGGACCAAAUCUUAAUCACGCCACGAACUCUGUGGGACCCUAUCUCCACCUCCGUUUUGUCGCUUCCUGUCGGUCUUCUCCUUCCUAAUUCUUCUACUCUCUCUCCCUCGUCCUCUUUUUCAAAAAAUUUCUCCUUGAAAAUUCUAAGAUGCGAAACCAUACUUAUUUAAAAAAAAAAAAACUUUUUAACCAUGCUUAUUUUAUUAACCACUUUCCCAUCGAUAUUAUUAACAAUUCGUUGUAUAAUUGUAAAAAGACAGCCUAGCUAAUGAAUCUAUGAAUUGAUAGAGAGGGUUUCUUCAUUCUUAGGUUAAUUUGCUUUUAUAAGUCUGUCUAGUAGUUACACAAAAAAAAAAGUCUGUCUAGUAUCAUCAUCUAAAAGCUUACACGGGGUUAAGAACUUGAGGCUCUCCUGAAUUUUUACGUGUAUAUACUAGAUGUCAUAUUUCACUUAAGAUUUUUAACAUAUAAGAUCUUGAUCUUUAUCACUUUCGUCAAAAUCAUAUUCAACUUUAGAUAUCUAUGAUGAAGUGACUCUUUACUACUUCUGAAAAGCCAAAUAUAUUGCUAAGUAAACGUAAAUAUAAGUAAAUAUUAUUGGUUUAGUUUGGUUACAUGCAUUAUGAGAUGUCAUAAUCAUACAAAUGAAUAGUAGAAUGCCAUUUUAUUUUAUUUUAAAGAGUACGUACAUAUGUUCAGUUGCACGAUUAUAUAGGCAAAUUAAAAAAUUACCAUUAACUUUAGAACGUUAUUAGAUAACUAGCUAGAAAUAAUCUUCAAAUUUUGUGUAAUGAAAAUAUUUAAAUUUAAAAUACUAGUUACAACCCAGUAUAAUCAUUCUUUUGCUUUUGGAUUUUUUUUAUAUUUCACUGAUCUCAUCAGUUUCAUAAACUCUAGCUAGAUCGGUACCAAGUAUAUAUUAUACUAUCAACAUUGAAUAGUAAAGUUUAGAGUCGAGCUAAAAUUAGGUGUCAAAGCCACUAAUCACAUGUACGCAAUACAUGUGGUGUAUGUACACAUAUCGGUAUGGUAUUGGGAUUUUAAAAAUAUAGCAAAUGCGAUUUGAUGGAUCAUAACAUAUAGUAUGCAAUCACAAAAUGGGAGGCCAAGAAUAGCAUACAACUCAUACUUCCACUAACACUAUGCAUUCUAUAAUACAAUGCACAUAGGAGUUUUAUAUUUAUUUUAAAAUAUAUUAAUUUAACAGAGGACAUAAUUCCUUACACACGAUUUUUCUCUUUGAAAAGUAUAUUUUAUUUAAGAGGGACCAGAAAGAGCUACCAAGAGAGACCGGUCACGAGACAUCAUCACUAGUCAAAAUCAACAAACCCAACUUUCUCUUUUUCUUUCUUUUAUUCUUUUUAAAACCGAAAAUUUAUGAAAAGUUUUGUCCAUAGGUUUCUCCCGAAUUGGGCGGAUGAUACUAUGAAAUUACAAAUCAUAAUAUAAUCUCUAAAUCAAACAAUUCAGUUCAUAACAAUCACUUAAAUGGCAUAAUGCCAAUUUAUCAUUUUCAGAAGAAAAAAACAUGCUGAUCCAAAUUUUUUAUAUUCAAGUCAUUAGAUAUAUAUUUUAGCUCAUAAUUAUGAUCAUCUAAAUGGAUAAUAAAUGCCAAAAUGUCACUAUCAGCACGAAUAAAAUGUUAUUUAAAAAUUCUACAUUUAAGUUAUUAGAUAUAUAAUAUAUUUUCAAUAUUUUUAACAUUCAAUAAAUCAUAUUGAAAAUAUAUUCCAAUAGAACCAAAUUCACUAAAAUAUGUAUAUAUUUAUUAUGGGUUCUUCUAUUUAAAAUGUAUAGGAGAAAAAGGGUUUACUUAGAUAUUCUGUAGUUGAAGAAAAAGGAAGAUUUAUUCUCUUAGUAAUAAGUUAAAAAUUGGGUGCUACUCUUCUCCGUCUUCUUCGCUCGCUGGCUCAUUUUUCAUCAUCCAUAAAGUGAAAGGCAACGCAUAUAAGAGCCAUCACUCACAAACAAAGCAAAAGGCAAAAAAAAAAAAGUCUCAGAAACAUUCUUCUCUUUGGCCUUUACUCAAAACCCACACAUCUUUCUAUCUCUCUUUCUCUUGCUUUCUCUUUGUCGUCAUGGACGCUACGAAGUGGACACAGGGCUUCCAAGAAAUGAUGAACGUAAAACCAAUGGAGCAAAUUAUGAUUCCUAAUAACAACACUCAUCAAUCAAACACCACGUCCAGUGCAAGGCCAAACACCGUUCUCACAUCCAGCGGCGGCGUCUCAGCCGCAGGAGCCAUCGUCUCCACCGGCGUAAGCAACAGCAACAAUACGUCGGUUGUGGUGGAGAGGAAAUCAAGACCACAAGAGAAAAUAAAUUGUCCAAGAUGUAACUCAACCAACACAAAGUUUUGUUACUACAACAACUAUAGUCUCACGCAACCAAGAUACUUCUGCAAAGGUUGUCGGAGGUACUGGACCGAAGGUGGAUCUCUUAGGAAUGUUCCUGUCGGUGGAAGUUCAAGAAAGAACAAGAGAUCAUCAUCAUCAAACCUCCUUCAGACAACACCAUCUUCACUUGGUUUGACUACAACACUUCCAGAUCUAAACCCACCAAUUAUCUUCUCAAACCAAAUCCCUAAUAAAUCAAAAGGGGCAUCACAAGAUCUCAACAUGUUGUCUUUCCCGGUCAUGCAAGACCAACAUGUUCACAUGUCUAAGUUUCUUCAGAUGCAUAAGAUGGAAGGAAAUGGCAAUAUGACUCAUCAACAGCCAUCAUCUUCAUCUUCUCUCUAUGGUUCUUCGUCGUCUCCUGUUUCAGCGCUUGAGCUUCUAAGAACAGGAGUUAAUGUUUCAUCGAGAUCAGGGAUUAACUCUUUUAUGCCUUCUGGUCCAAUGAUGGAUUCUUCAAACAAUGUGAUGUACACUUCUUCAGGGUUUCCAACGAUGGUGGAUUACAAAACAAGUAAUCUCUCUUUCUCUACUGAUCAUCAAGGGCUUGAACAUAACAACAACAACAACAACAACAACAAUAGUUCUGGUGAUGCUCAUAGUGAUCAUCAUCAAGGUAGGGUUUUGUUUCCCUUUGGGGAUCAAAUGAAGGAGCUUUCAUCAAGCAUAACACAAGAAGUUGAUCAUGAUGAUAAUCAACAACAGAAGAGUCAUGGUAAUAAUAAUAAUAAUAAUUCAAGCCCUAAUAAUGGAUACUGGAGUGGGAUGUUCAGUACUACAGGUGGGGGAUCGUCAUGGUGAAGCAAAAUGAUCAAAAGAGAUUAUGAAAUUAGUUUUCUAAUUCUCUUUCAUGAUAGUUUGCCUUACAUAGUCACAUGGGGGUACUUUAGUUAAAGUUGUCAGAACUUAACUAUCACAACAUAGUCUUUUAUUCUCUUUUUAAUCAAUAUUUAUUAAAUGUUUUGUAACUGGGUUUGACGGUAAUUCGGGUUGGUUUUUCACUUUGGGUGUGGAUUUAUGACGGUACAUGUAUAAUGGAGUUAUAUAUAGGUAGAAGAGUAUGUGAAUGCGAAUCUCUUGACAUGAUAUAUGCAUUCAUCGUUUCUUCUAUCUGUAUAUAUUUGUUAUCAUAAAAGAAUAUUCAUGAUAUCUUCUCAA